UGUGGCUGAGUCCGCACAGUCAAAGGCUUGUGAGAAUCUGGUGGAUGCUGGACCUUGCUGCUGCUGCUGCUGCCACCGCCGCCGCCGCCGCCGCCGCCGCUGCCACCGCUGUUGCUGUCUCUACCGCUGUGGCUGUUGCUUCCCAGGGGCUGCAGGAGCAUGGACUACUAAACCCCACACUUCUUCAGCGUGAGUUGAAUUCUUGCUACCAGAAUGGGGAAACAGAACAGCAAGCUUCGCCCUGAAGUCAUGCAGGACUUACUGGAAAGCACAGACUUCACAGAGCAUGAGAUCCAGGAGUGGUACAAAGGCUUCUUGAGAGACUGCCCCAGCGGACAUUUAUCAAUGGAAGAGUUUAAGAAAAUAUAUGGGAACUUUUUCCCUUAUGGGGAUGCUUCCAAAUUUGCAGAGCAUGUCUUCCGCACCUUCGAUGCAAAUGGAGAUGGGACAAUAGACUUUAGAGAGUUCAUCAUAGCCCUGAGUGUGACAUCAAGGGGCAAGCUGGAGCAGAAGCUAAAGUGGGCCUUUAGCAUGUAUGACCUGGAUGGUAAUGGCUACAUCAGCAAGGCAGAAAUGCUGGAGAUUGUACAGGCAAUCUACAAAAUGGUUUCCUCUGUCAUGAAAAUGCCUGAAGAUGAAUCAACCCCAGAGAAAAGAACAGAAAAGAUCUUCCGCCAGAUGGACACCAACAGAGAUGGAAAACUCUCCCUGGAAGAAUUCAUCCGAGGGGCCAAAAGCGACCCAUCCAUUGUGCGUCUCCUGCAGUGCGACCCCAGCAGCGCCGGCCAGUUCUGAGCCCUGAACCCUCAAGGACGCUACAGCUGCUUGUGUCUCUCCUGAUUAGCUUUUAAACUUAUCUUGUUUUUGUUUGUUUGUUUGUUUUUGUUUUUGCCAAACAAUAUUGUUGGUGACACUGUCCCCUCUUCAGUCGGAUGUGCCCUCCUGUGACACACUUGCCCCUUGCUUCUUUCAUAGUGGACGUGAAUGGCCAGAACCCGUGUGCUUGUGGAGAGCAUGCACAGACUUCGUGGUGUUCCCUGGUGGAUGACUUUUUAAAUCAUUAUUUUUUUCCUUUGAUUCUAAUGUCUCUAAUGUCUUAAAACCCAAGACUUGAGGGGCAAGAGAAGGGAAGUGCAUCCAGCCCAGAAAUCUUUCUGCAAGCUUUGAGGGGCUUUGUUUGAAAUACAAACCUCCUAACCUGGGUCUGCUGUAACGCAUGCCCUCAGAGCUAUAGUGGACACCUGAGGCUAAGUUUUCUAAGAACAGGUUACCCUCUGGGGUAAGGCUAUUAAAAGGAGCUGGGACAUUCCCCCCAGAGGCCCACUCCCUCCCCCCCCCCAGCAGGCUGUAAUUUCUAAGCUGUGAACUUUUUAAGGUAAAUUAACAGAGAUGGGAAAAGACGGCUCAGCUGUUUGGUUUUUCUCCCACAGGUUUACACGAGUUGAGCUAAUAUUGAGUUUCUUUUAAAAAAAAAAAUCAAACACAUAGUCAAAAACCAGACCCAUCUUGCUGCUUACUCGUGAUUUAUAAAAAGACUGCUGUAUAUAAAACAUUGGGUAUUGCAGACCAAAUUAAGUGUUUUGCCUUGUAAAUGCAUGUUUAGUGAGCGCUAAUACAGUCUUACUACAGAAGACUGUUUAGUAGCUUAUUGUGAAGCCAACUACAAUGAAUGUCAAUGUCUUGUUAUAGCUGUCUUUGCACAAAUGUACCAGUUAACAAGUAUAUUUUAUAUACUCCAUAAAAACCACAGAAGAACGGUGACAAGGGCCCGGCUUUGAUUUCCAGUGGCUUUCUGGAGGAGUCAAGGUGGCUGGAGGACACAAGGAAGCCAGCUUUCCAGGCAUUCUGUCCAUCAGAGCAGCACCGGGAACUCCACAGUGAUGAGGGGCCGAGGCCCAGCCGCACACCGGCAGCGAGCGCAGGUGCGACACUUGUCUAAGCAGAUGGAUGUUCUACAGAUGCAGAAAAACAAACGGAGAUUUCCUAGCAGUUUAACCCACAUCCUUGGUGGGGGCGUCACAUCUAGAACGUCCGUUUCUCCUGCCCCCAGGUACCCUUCAAAUAGUCAGGUGUGGGAUAGCCAGGCAAUCCACCCAUUAUUAGAGCCAGCAAAGGGACCUGCAGUGUCCAAAGCCGGCCGUGGGGAUCUCAACAGCACUCUUCCUCACUGUGUUCUUUGAAUGCAGCAAAGCUGAGCUGCUGCCAGGGCUGACCACUCAUGCACAUUACUUUGAAAUGGGGCUGGAAAUAAAAACUCCUGGCCACAGGUAAGCCAAAGCCUCACAAACAGCUUGCAUAAGAGGGUCUAAAUACUCAAGAAUGUUGGUGGCAGACUCCACCUAAGACGGGGCAGGAAGGUCUCUGUCUGACAGCAGCCAAGCCAGGUCCUGUAGAACAAGAACCACAAAAGGAUAAACACAACCAGAAGGAAAAGGUCCCUGCCAGCCCUCAGGUCCCCCACAGUGACACUCCUAACUGGCAGAAGUUUAAACUUGAGUGGAGGAUUAAAAUGAAUCACUUAGUGGGCUGAAAUUUCGAGACCUAGAUUUUGUAAUCUUACUUUUCCCUGGUGUUAUUUCCUUACAUUUUGUACCAAGGCUUGCCAAUCCCUGUGGCCCAAACAGUAAAGUCUGUUUUUGCAAAGAAGAAUUAACUCAAGUGGUUGAACCUAGGCAGGUGAAGAGAGCCAACCCGCUGGUGUUUGCGAGAUAGACUCAUCUACUUGGGCUUUGUCUCAGGUUGAGCCAGACCCUGUGUUUCCUAGAACUUAAGAGUUGGGGUAGGAACUAAAGAUAGUCUCCAGCUAUCUGGAAAUGAAAAAGCCAGAUGCAAAGGUUAUGAACCCUGUGGUCUCCAGAAGACACAAAGGUUCCAGAACUGGUUCCCCCACAGACCUAUCCGUAUGUGUUCUUCCUCCUCCUCCCCACCUUGCCCCAGGACAGCGUUGGAUAUGUGUCAUUUUUCUGCAUGUAUGUUGGACCAAGGGACUUCACACCAUCAAGAGGUUCAAGUGCCUGAAGACAUCAGUCACUCCUGUGGCUAGGCUUUGCUUUUGCUGUGUUCAGAGAUCUCUGAAGGAAAUAGAGCCUGUUUUGUUCCAAGUAAAGGCAGCCCGUGCUGUUCAUGGGACUGGACUAAAUGGCUUAUGACUUGAAGGAUGUUUCAGAAUGCUUGACUGUUCAUACCUCGCUUAGGAUGGAGAAGGGAUGCUGUGGGUACCACCCCACCCCAGCAGUACUCCCUGGGGGGCUUUCUACAGAUGAAUUUAAUAAUAUAUAUGUCAUACGAUGUGGAGUGGUCCCGUUAUCAGUUGAUUGUGUAGCUCUUGCCUGGCAUUAAAGCAUGUUUAUUAUUUAAUA